CCAAUGCUCUCAGAAACUCGCCUGCUCCUUCCAGCAACUCUUCACUCUCCACUCCCGAGCACUACAAACAAACGGACGCUAGGGGAUCUUCAUGACGGCACUCUGCUGAUCGCUCCUCUUUUGCGCUUUUAUUUAUUUUCUUUUAUUAGUUUAUCCCUGCGCUCGGCGGUUAAAUGCGCUGAUUCUAUCGAUCAGCCCGUUUUCUGCCUUUCCUCUACUGGAGAGAAACUAUAAUAAUGUCCUAUCCUCAGGGUUACCUCUACCAGCCCCCGGGCUCUCUGGCGCUGUACUCCUGUCCGCUGGCCGCCCCGAGGAGUGAGGAGCUGGCCCGGUCCUCGUCCGGUUCAGCGUUCAGCCCGUACCCCGGAUCAGCUGCAUUCACAGCCACGGCCAACGGAUUCUCCAGCCCUCUGCCCUACUCAACAGAUCCGGCCACGGGAUUCCCGUCCUACAUGGGGUCUCCGUAUGACGCGCACACUACGGGGAUGGCAGGAGCCAUAAGUUAUCACCCGUACGGGAGUCCCGGUUACCCGUACCAGCUAAACGAUCCCGCUUACCGAAAAAAUGCCACGCGGGACGCGACAGCGACGUUAAAAGCGUGGCUGCAGGAACACAGGAAAAACCCUUAUCCCACGAAAGGAGAAAAAAUUAUGCUGGCCAUCAUCACGAAAAUGACCCUCACGCAAGUGUCCACCUGGUUCGCUAAUGCCAGACGGAGACUCAAGAAGGAGAACAAAAUGACAUGGGCACCUCGGAAUAAAAGUGAAGACGAGGAUGAGGACGACGGCGAUGGAGAGAGAAAAGACGAGCGCACGGAUAAAAACAUGGACAACAGCGAAGCGUCUGCGGAGGACGAAGGCAUCAGUUUGCACGUCGAUGCCCUGACAGAUCACUCCUGCUCAGUGGAAUCGGACGGAGAGAAGGUCACGUGUAGGACCGGAGACCUGGUUUGUGAUUCUGGACCUGAUACCAAGGACAAAUGCGACGCGAGCGAUCUCGACACGGGCCGCGAGGAGAGGCAAAGAGGCCCGUCACCCAAGCCUGUGACCUCUUCCCCUCUGACUGGGGUGGAGGCCCCUCUCUUGACCCAUCAUCACCGAGAGGACACCCGAAACAGCAGCAACAAAACAUGCCUGGACGGUCAAAACCAAACCGUCAAACCUAAACUAUGGUCAUUAGCCGAGAUCGCCACUUCGGACCCAAAGCAGCAUCAGCAGCAGCAGCAGCACUUGGGACAGAACUGUCCCCCGGGCGUUGGCCUUUUGACCUCCACGGCGCCCAGCGCGUCCCCGGCGGGAGCAGUCUACCCCGCCACCUCCAUAUUAGGAAGACCUCUUUAUUACACCUCGCCGUUUUAUAGUAAUUACACAAACUAUGGCAACUUCAGCCCGCUGCAGGGCCAAGGGAUACUGCGCUAUAAUUCAGCUGGCGAGGGACUUCUGCACAAACAAAGUGGCGACCCCCUACUAAAGACUAAUCCAAACCAGACUGAACAACAUUUCAGGGCCUCCAAUGCAGAAUCCAAAAAAGCGACAUCUCUUCUCUUCUCUGAUGAUGUGUUUACUGGUACGAGGGCGGGGCAACCUGUCACUCACAUGAGAUCAACCAAUAGCAAACCACAACCAUCCAAUCAAUUCACAUUGGACAAAAUCAAGUCCCGCCCUACAUUUUUUCUUGUUUGAGAAGCCAUUUUACUUGGAUAUACAUCACAAUCAAGAAGAAAAAACUAUCGCAACUUCCGUUUCACGACACCUUUAAAGAAGCUCUUGACUCGGGCUGUUUGCUGCUCGUGACCGCGCUCUCACCCUGUGGCUGCUCUCCAAACACAUCAUUUAUCCUCAUUCAUAUUUCAGUUUUGUGAUCUGUAUCUAUUGUGGAGCUGAAAUGUGAGUCUCAAAAAGCUACUACAAAAGGAUUCGGUCUUCAUGGCGCACACAGCCAAGUCAGGAGGGACCCACAUCUAUGCAAAUAUCAACUGUAUGAUGUUUUGGUGUAUGGAGAUGAACGCUGAGGGUGUCAGUGUGUUGGUCAAAAAUAUUACAAUCAGAGACAGUAUGGGGAGCAGGACAUGGACAAUAGAAAGGCUGUGUCUCAUAUUCUACUUUCUAGUUCUCAAUAACAUGGAUCAGUAUAUUAUGAACACAAAUUUGGGCACUAGCAAGCUCCUCCAUCCAAUAAUUAUCAGACACUGAUGGUGUGGAUUCCUGUGACACAAUUACAUAUUUGUGCAAACAUUUCUGGUAUUUCAGCAUGUCCUUCGGAUAUCAUGUGUGGUUUAACAUGCAUCUAUGUUGCUGUAAAAUGCAAUGCCAUCAUAUGUGCUAAUCUCCUCCAUUUUGGAAUCUUUUAUAGAUGCGAAAAUGGUUUAUAAAACAUACCAAUAUAUAGAAAACCAAAAAUAUCACAAAGGGACUAUGCAAUCAGAUGUACUGACAUCUGAUACAGUCACUGGUAACACUUUAUUUUUUUUAUUGUCCUUCUUACACACAUGUAGUUAUUAUAGUAAUUACUAUAAUUACAUGCAACUAACCCUAAACCACACCCCAGUCCUAACCCUAAGCCUAUAGUAUGUACACCUGGUUAAUUUUUUUUUACUCAGUACUUAAAUGUAUAAUUACACUGUAACACAGACACCUUAAAAUAAAGUGUAACCUAAUCAUUUGAUACAGUGGACUUGUUGCAUACAUGCAGUAACAUGUCUUUACAUUGUCUUAUAAUACCUGCAUGUAAUUACAUCUGCAGUUAAGUUCAGUAAUUACAUUUAUAAUUACACUGUUGACUCAUCCCUUACACCCUAAUUUUGGGUGACCUAAUUUUCAAUAAUAGUUUUGAUGACUAAGGAAAUGAAUGUUGAGUUAACCGACAGCUUCCAAUAAAGAUUAUUUUAUUUUAUUAUUUUAUUUUAUUUUAAACUGUAAUAACCCUGGUCAAGACUUCCUGAACCAGCAGCAGAAUCAACCACACAAGUACGCCAGACUGGAAAGCAAAAGUGUCUCUUGUCAUGGACAGGAAUAAAGCACGUAGUGCCACAUUUAGCAGCAGAGCACACAAUAGCAGUUAGCAGAGUUAAGAACAACUUUAGAUAGCUUGCUAUAGAUAGAGAGGUGUUUCCUCAAACAAUUGAGGCCUGUCACCAAGUUAAACUAUAAUUAGUGGUAGUUUGUAAACUUGCUUCUAACAGGUCAUAUUAUAUUAAAUCAAUAACCCAAAUUAUGUUCAGUCAUGAUUUAAGUCUAUAAAUGUUUACUCGUUCACCUACAAUACCAUUCAAAGGUUUGGGGUCAGUAAGACCCCAGUUUUUUUUUUUUUUUGAAGAAGAAGAAGAACAUGAAUACUUGCAUUAAAUCUAUCAAAACUGCCAGUAAAGACAUUUAUAAUCUAACAAAAGAUUUCUAUUUCAUUUCUAUUUCAAAUAAAUGCUGUUUUUUUUUUUUUUUUUUUUUUUUUUUUUUACUUUCUAUUCAUCAAAUUUAUUCAAGAAUCUUGAAAAAAAACAAGGUUUCCACAAAAAAAGUGAAGCAGCACAAGCAUUUUCAACAUUAAUAAUAAUCAGAAAUGUUUAUUGAGCAGCAAAUCAGCACAUUUAGAAUGAUUUCUGAAGGAUCAUGUGACACUGAAGACUGGAGUAAUGAUGCUAAAAAUUCAGCUUUGAUCACAGGAAUAAAUUACAUUUUAAAA